AUGGACUUGCUCAUAAAGGGUGUUGUAUUCCCCGUGAAACUGCGCGUUGUCUACGCGCUGGAAGAACCUCGUGCCAGAAGGGUCCACUGUGAAACCUGUGGCACUGACUUCUGCUUCGCCUGUGGCAUGGAGUAUCACGCUCCCACAGACUGUGAGACAAUUAAACGGUGGCUGCAAAAGUGCCGUGACGACUCGGGAACCGCCACCUACAUGGCCGCGCACACUAAGGACUGUCCCCAGUGUGGAGUAUGUAUAGAAAAAAAUGGUGGCUGCAAUCACAUGCAAUGCUCAAAAUGCCACUACUCCUUUUGCUGGGUCUGUUUGGGACCAUGGCAAACCCACUCUGCUCAGUUCUAUGUCUGCAGCAAGUACAUGGAGAAUGCAGACCUGGCUAAGGAAUCAGCUCGAAACAGGGCUCGGGAAUAUCUGAAACGCUACUUCUUCUACUACGAGCGGGUAAGUACAGUAGGUGAUCUAACGUACUGA